UCUCCUUCUGCCGCCCCUCACCAUUCACCGGGCUUACUGCCGGCUUACCCAUCGUCGCGCCUCUACCUAGCUUGCCGGCUCUCUUCGUCGCGCUCAGUACAUCCCGCUGCAGCCGCGACAGCGGCUUUGCCGGCUUAUUCUAACGCCACAGCAACAGUCACUGGCGGUUUCCGGUGAUUCCAGGUGGCAUCCCGGCUCCAUUUGACGCCACCGCUUGCUGUUUUGUUUCCUCUGCUACGUUUGAUUUCCUUUCGCAGGUUGCUCAGAGCAGACUAGCAUUGAUCGAACCCACACCGUCGCCGCCAAGCAGAGUACGACCAACAAACCUUCACCGCUGCAUCUUUUGUUCUAGCGAACCUGUCUGCAAUUUGCCGUGUCCUUGCUGGAUCGCCAUCGUUGCUGCUUUGGUCCUGACGUUCCUCCUCACCGGUCGACGUAAAGCUCCCCGCCCCGGUCCGAUUCUCGGAAACAAAUACUUCAAACCAGGCUAUGCCUCCAGCAGGUGGUGCCUACGCGAGCUGGAACACAUGAUGAAGCGUAGGAAAUCCCAUGGACUGGAGGUCAAGCCCAUAUUCUAUGACGUGGAACCUUCCGUUGUGAAGCUUGAACCUGGAGUAUAUAGGGAGGCAUUGAUUCAGCAUGAAAAUGAACGUGGGGCUGAGACUGUGCAGGGCUGGAAGGAGGCCCUUAAGGAAGUCACUGAAAUCGCAGGAUGGAAAGCCGAAAACACAGGCCAUGGAGAACUAACACGACAAAUAGCUCUUGAAGUUUUUGGUAAGCUUGACGUGUCUCCAGUACAUCUCCCUGAUUUUUUAGUUGGGAUCGACAAAUCAGUGGAUAAAGUUAUAGAUUUGUUGAGUGUUGAAUCUAAGGAGAUAAGACUCAUUGGAAUAUGUGGUAUGGGUGGGAUAGGCAAGACAACUCUUGCGAAGAUCGUUUACAAGAAGUUGUCAGCUCGUUUUCAAAGUAGUAGCUUUAUCCACGAUAUUCGACAAGCAUCAGAAAGUUCGAGUUUUGGUCUUCUAGAUGUGCAAAGGAAACUAGUGCGUGAUAUCCUUGGGGAACAGAAAAUUGAGAUUCCAAGCAUUGAUGAAGGGAAAAAUGUGAUAAAAAAAUACUUUAGUGAAAAGAAAGUUCUUAUUAUCCUUGAUGAUGUAAAUGAUGGGGAACAACUAAGGGCUUUAGCAGCAGAGAGGAAAUGGUUUGGUUCAGGAAGUAGAAUUCUGGUUACAACGAGAAAUAAAGAUGUUUUGUCUAAAUUUCAGAAUAGUUUGAUUCAUGAAGUGGAAGGGCUGAAUAGUCAAGAAUCUUUAGAACUGUUCAGCAAGCAUGCAUUUGGAAGCAUCUUUCCUCCAAGUGACUUUCUCAAACUAUCUAGAAAAGCUAUUGCAAGAGCAGGGGGGCUUCCUUUAACUAUUGAAGUGAUCGGUUCAUUGUUACAUGGAAAAGAAGAGGCAGUGUGGAAAGAUAUUUUAAGAAAGAUGGAAAUAUAUCCUCGUGAGGAUGUGCUGGAACAUUUAAGGUUAAGUUAUGAGGCUUUAGAUGUCACGCAGAAGGAGAUCUUUCUUGAUAUUGCCUGCUUUCUAGCUGGAAAAAGUAAGAGAGAUGCAACUUAUAUGUGGGGUGACAGAUUGUUUCCAGAAGAGGGAAUCCAAGUCCUACUUUCAAGGUCCUUAGUAAAAAUUAGAGAGGAGAAUGAGUUAUGGAUGCAUGACCAGCUUAAAGACCUAGGUAGGAGUAUUGUACUUGCUGAAAAUUACAAAAAUCCAGGAAAGCGUUCGCGAGUGUGGAAUCAUAAAGAUGCGUUGGACAUGAUCACCAGAGAGAAGGGAACUGAAACUGUUGAGGCGAUUUGUGUGGAUUUUAAUGGGAUUUCAUUGACGUCGAAAGAGUUUAAGGAAGUGCCAAAUAUAAGAUAUCUUGAAAUGAGGAGCGGAAAUCUCUCCGGAGACUUUAAGGACGUUUUUCCAGAACUAAGAUGGCUUUCUUGGAAGAGAUAUCCCUCAUUUUCGCAAGUUACCCACUUUUUUCCUGAAGAACUACUCAUCCUGGACCUAUCAGGGAGUAUAAUAACAGAGCACUGGGAUUGGACUCAACUCAAGGUAUGGGCAACUUUUUAGGUACAACGUUUGCUUACCUUUUUAUUUCCACACAAGCUCAUGCGUUACACCGGUUGAGGGGUAUCUUAUUAUUAAAGUGAAAGAAGAUAUCUAGCUGUUGAAGGAUGUCCCUAAGAUACCUUUUCCGACCUCCAUAUUCAACUUCUUUUAAUGUUUUCAAACUCAAUUGCUUCCUGAUAGCUAGAAGUAUAUCGAAACAAAAUUAGUUUAACAUAUGUUAAAUAUGUCUCUUUUGGUAGCUGAAUUGUAAUUGCACUAAUGCUGUAAUUUUGUAUUGUAAACUAUUCUAACCAUUAGGUGUGGCAAUGUAAAAUUUAAAGCUGUAGCACAUCAAAGCUGGAUGCGUCAGCUUUCUAAAAGCUUCUAUAAGGUUCCAUAGCUUUGACUUAGUUGCAACUAAGAGGCUUAUUCCAAUUACUUUGUAAAACCGCAACACCAACUUUUUACAACUGAAGCAAUUGCUGCGAAGUUUUACCAAACAGUCUCAACAAGUUUCUAUGGUAACUUCACGUAACUAGUACAUUUACACACAUUUAUAAUUAAAGAAGUGCGUAGAGUGGAGUUUUGUGAUUGAGUCACACCAUGGCAACUUUUCGUUACCUGCUUCCCUAAACAUUAAAUAGGAAACGCUGCCCUUUACAUUGAUAAGAUAAAAGAACUUCAUUAACGUACUUAAACUAAUAAUUGAUGUUCAUUGGACAGCAUAUUAACAUCUUUACAUAACAUAGUAACAUGGGUGUAAUUUGAGAUGAUAGUGAAUAAAUCUAAAUACUCUAAUUAACAAAUAUAUUGGGUUUAUCAUGUAUAUGAUUGGUUUAUAAUGCGUCUAUUAAUUAGUAAAUAAGAAUUAUCGAAAUUGUUGUUGUAUGAAAAUAAAUUUAAGAAUAACUUUAA